AUGGAGAAAACCUUUGCUCAUCAGUGGUAUGAGGUGGUUCAAGAUAUGCCCUUCAUCGCAGAAUUCAAAAGUAGAUGGCCAGCUCUUUUUAUGGAAAAUGAGGUAAGUGCAGAGUUCACACGGAUUACCACCAUCCCGCUCAUCCCAAAGUUUAUGUCGCAACUGGAUCACUACUCAGACAAGUUGGCUAAAGUGCUCCGCAAAAAAGGAGGAGCAGCAGGACGCAAAAUAAAAAACAUAAUGGCUCUCAUUGACCAGAAUGACUCGGUUGAAACAAGGAGAGCUUGCAACCUCCAAGCACUAGCUGUGUAUCUUAAUGAAGACCCUGAAGAGCUAGUGAAGGAAUAUGGGAGUGAGGACCCUGAUGAAACCCAGAGACAUUUGGAUCAAACGAUCAUCGGCAUCUAUGUGAUUAAAAAUCCAGGUGUAGAUGCUGAUCAGCUUCCAGAAGAUGUUGGCAUCAUAGUUGAAGGCGUGCAGCUGCUUCAUGGACUCAAAGAUGUUGCCACUGCUUGUGCCUUACUGUUUGGGAUCAUCUACGACCUGAACCUGAGCUAUCCAAGUGACCUAAGGUACACUUUUGAAUUCAUCCAAAAGAUCCUGAUGGAACUUGACACACACAGGCAUUCAACCAAAAUCCAGGUGCUCAAGAACAAACUGCUGGAAUGA